AUGAAUAUUUCUGAUAUUAUUCCAAGAAUAAACAUAUCAAUUUUGCCAUUAUUUGAGCCAGUUGUAAUUUAUUUUAAUCAUAAAAAAACAGUACUAGUUCACACCGCGAGAAAAUCAAAAUCUGAUACAAUCCAUAUGAUAUUGGUGCUGACUGAUAAAUCUGAAAUCAAAAAAUGAAAAAGUCAAGUUAAUAAUGAGCAAGUUGAAUACUUUUGUAAUUCACCAAAAAUUUUAAAAGAAAUUCCAACUGAAAUAUCUGAAAAUCAACCUACUGAAUACUCAAAAGGCAAAAAAUUAACUUUUCAAAUAAAUUUUAUUAAUUUCCCCCUCAAAUUUUAAUUUUUAUAGCUGAAAUAAUAAUUUAUAUGCAAUAGCUUUGAUUUCUAAUUUAACGUUUAGUAAAAUAAAAAAUUUUACCUAUGAUUAGUUCUAUUUUAAAAAAAUUAGCACUUAUUUGCAAUUAAUGAAAGCAUUCUAACUGGUUAGUCAUUAUCCUAUUUUCUAUAUGAAUAUAGGAUAGAAACAACAACACAUUUCAAAAGCAAGUGAUCUACAAAAUUCUGAAGAUUUUGAUGAGGAAAAAAUCUUGUCACUAGCCCCUGCAAGCUCUGGUUGCUCAUUAUCCGUAUCUUCUGAGAGUAAUUUUAAAUUAGGAUCUGCAUCAAAGUAUAUUUUAAGUACUAGUAAAUCUAUUAAAAAAUUCCAAUGAAUUUUAUUCUUUGCAGUACUUUUUAAAUAG